CUCCACCUCUUGUUAUUCAUUCCCAUCCUUCUUCUGCUUGACCUUCAUCACACCCCUUUUCUUCAGCCUCACUCCUCUCUCUCUCUCUCUAGUACCACUUUCAUCAACCCUUUUCUACUCCUCAUCAAUUAAACCCUAUUUUCCCUCUUUUUGUUAUCCACGAUUGCUCUUUUCUCCUUUUUCUUCAAGAACUCUCCACAAAGAUACAAACACCAUUAACAUUUUCUCAAGAAAAUCAAACACAAACCCCAAUAAUUUUCUUCCGCAAUUUGUACAUACACACAGUACACACACAUAUAUCCCAGUCACUUAUCCCCGUUUGUUUGAUUUUCAUUUUGUGUUUGAUCAUGAUCUCCACACCCUUUGUUUUAUCAUUCACUAUCUUCCUCUCUUUUCCCCUUAUUUUCCUCUUCGCUCAUCGUUUCCUCCCUCCCAAACACCUCCAAAUCUCUCUUCCCGACGAGCUCGAUGACCUCGCGCUCUUCCGACGAGCCACGCUCGCUUCCGUCCACCCUCCCGGUUCGAUUUCCAGACUGGGUAUCACAAACCCUAACCCUAAAAUCGCCUUCCUCUUCCUCACGAACACCGAUCUCCACUUCGCUCCCUUGUGGGAACGAUUCUUCCAAGGAAAUGAAAAUCUAUAUAACAUAUACGUACACGCCGAUCCGUCGGCGAAACUGACCCGUCCCGGCGGUGUAUUCGCCGGCCGCUUCAUCCCCGCCAAGAAAACAGGGCGCGGUUCUCCGACGCUCAUCUCCGCCGCGCGCCGCCUCCUCGCCACCGCACUCCUCGACGACUCGUCGAACUUCUACUUUGCCCUAAUCUCCCAAAACUGCAUUCCCCUCCAUUCGUUCCGAUACAUCCACAACUCUCUGUUCUCACCAUCACAGUCCACUGAGUCAAAUCGCAAGUUGACUCGGUUCCAGCACCAGAGCUUCAUCGAGAUACUCUCCGACGAGCCGCAAUUGUGGGACCGGUACACGGCGAGAGGAGAGAACGUGAUGUCGCCGGAAGUCCCGUUCGAGCGAUUCCGAGUAGGCUCGCAGUUUUUCAUACUGACUCGGUCUCACUCGUUGAUGGUGAUCAGAGACCGAAAGCUUUGGAGGAAGUUCAGAUUGCCUUGUUUGAAUCUGGACUCGUGUUACCCAGAAGAACACUAUUUCCCAACCCUUUUGUCAAUGGAGGAUCCGAAUGGGUGUAGUCAAUACACUCUCACUCGGGUCAACUGGACCAAUAGUACGGGAGGGCAUCCGCACACGUAUCGUCCCCAGGAGGUGUCAUUGGAGGUAGUUAACGAGCUCCGUUCAUCGAAUUCGACGUAUUCGUACUUAUUUGCUCGGAAGUUCUCAUCGGAUUGCUUGAAACCGUUGAUGGACAUAGCCGACAAUGUCAUUUUCCGGGAUUGAAGUGGAUCCGGGAUGAUGAAAUUGAAUGGAAUCUUGUGUUUUUUUCUAAUUGCCAUGCGAACGGAGGAAAAUGUAAUGUUGGAUUUGGAUAAGGCCCAAGCCCAGACCCAACAUGGUGUGAUCAGCGUCCAAGUAGGUGCUCUGUGUGUAUAGAGAAGAGUGUCAACAUGGUUGAUUAUGUACUUUUUUUUUUUUUUUUUACGGUUUGGAGGAAUGUGUGUUGGAUGGAUGGUGUGGGCUUAGUGUGGAGUAAGAAAAAAGCAAAGUAGCAAAGGCUCUUUGAUUUUUUUUUCUGAUAAAAAAAAAAAUGUAAAAGAAUCUCCCAUUUGCUCCUUCUUUCAAUCCUUCCCUUUUUGUACUUAUCAACCUCUUUCUUUUCUACGUUCACUUUUGUCUUUAAGGUUAAUUUAUCUACUUUCGGCAAA